GCACGCAAAUAUGACUCAUUCAUUUAGAGCAACCGAGAAAUUGUUACCAGUUUCGCAAUUAAAAUGUCAUAUUCAAAAUAUUUUGACUAAUAUCAAGAAGAUGGAAGCGUUGCAAUGCGAGACUGUAACUUCUGAAUCUAAUAUCGACAGUCUGAUGCAGCAAACUGAUGAAUUAAUCAAGGUAGUUGAAAAAUCUCCAUUAGAACGCCUUGCUAAAAAGAUUAAGAAAAGAAAAGAAAGGCGUAAGACUAAAAAGUCGAAAGUGAAAGACAUUAAAAAGCACCUUGUUAGUAAAAACGUGUUGCAGAUGCCCACUUCUAUAGCAUCUACCACAGUUUUGCCAAGUUAUGAAGCAUCUGCAAGAACUCAUACCGACCCCUCAUCGUCUGCAAAUUGCCUAACUACAACGAUCACAAAGAAACCCCAAAUUCGUUUGCUGAAACAACACGAUUCCCAACGCUUCCUGAGUAAAUUUGAUACGGGUGCCACUCGGAGCAAGGUAUUGAAAGAUAAUGCUCCUGAGGGCAGUAAAGAAAGGCAUUUGGAGGACCAAUGGAAUGAGGUAUUUUUUGGACCGGUUGAACAUUCCUAUUAUGAUAAACAAAACAGGGGUGACUUCAUACGAAUACGUCGCAUCUGGGAUAGCUAUUUGACGCGUAGUAAACAAGGCACACAUAUACCGUGCGGUUGGGUUCUACCCCUUGAAAAUGCACUUAGAGAGUGGCAGCAAUAUAAAGCCACGUGACUGUUUCAUAGUACACUUGUUACAUUUAUCUAUAAAUAACAAUUGUAUAAUUUUAUAUACCAACA